CAAAUGUUGUAUCUUUUUCUAAAUAGCUCUUGUAACACGAAUAUCUAAUGGAAAUCAUGUGGAUCCUGAACAGAUUGGUGGUUAUUUAAUCAGCUUAGAUUAUAAUGAAAUAGUAAAAAGUGAUUGAAAAUGAAGAAGUUGCUUAGCUGAGGCAAUGUGUAAUCCCAAAUCAAAUCAUUUACCGCAUCAGUUCUCUUUACCGGCGCCGAAAAUUGCAGCAACCAAAUAUUCAAUUAAGGAUGAUGAUGAUUCAUUUAGCAGCUACGGUGAAAGUGGUCAUUGUGAAAAUAAUCAUGAUCGUCUACUGAACAAAGGCAAUUUGGCUACAUUUAUAUUACGGAUAAAAGAUAUAGGUUUGACUAAAUGAACCACAACUAUGAGUGAGUUAUUUGGUUUUCAACUUUCAUUCGUUUUAUUCAUUCAAAUCAUGUUUGUUGCGAAAGAUUAUCACAAGCAACGUAGAACUUAGCACAAGCGUCUAUCGGUUCAGCUCACCAGAUCAUAUCAACACAACAAGAUGAAAUUAUCAAGAGAAAUCCCAUCACUGUCUC